AUGCGUCGCUCCCUGGGAACUCCUGCCCACGUUCGGCAGUGGAAUAGCUUGGACUCGAACCGGCGAGCUCCUGGCUAUAGGGACUCUGCUCUGUUUGAGCUACUAAAACAGUCGAAAGAACAGGAAGGCCAUGUGGACCAUGCCGAGCCCCCCAGCACACUGAACCUGCCCCUGCAACACAACCACACAGCGGCAGACCUGUACCUGUCUCCUGUCAGGUCUUCUUGGAAGAAAGCCUCCUCCAUCAAUGGCAGUGUGCCGCAGACAGCCCCCUCGGCGCCAUCGCAGCAACCACCUCCGAAAACGCAGAAAUCUACCUCGCUCUCUCUGUUCUACAAGAAAGUUUACCGUCUGGCGUACAUGCGGCUAAACAUGCUGUGUUCUCAACUGUUAAAGGGCCAGCCUGAACUGGAACCAAUCAUCUGGACCCUCUUUCAGCACACACUGCAGAACGAGUAUGAACUCAUGAGGGACAGGCAUUUAGAUCAGAUCAUGAUGUCUGCCAUGUACGCUAUUUGUAAGGUGAAGAACGUCGACCUGAGGUUUAAGACUAUCGUAACUGCCUACAAAAACCUGCCAAAUACAAACCAAGAGACAUUUAAGCGAGUUCUCAUCCGAGAGGGACAAUACGACUCCAUCAUAGUCUUCUAUAACCUGGUUUUCAUGCAAAAGCUGAAGACGAAUAUCCUGCAGUAUGCCUCUACCAGGCCACCAACUCUCUCCCCGAUCCCCCACAUUCCUUGCAGCCCGUACAAGUUUCCCAACUCUCCCCUGAAGGUUCCAGGAAGCAACAACAUCUACAUCUCGCCCAUGAUGUCUCCCACCAAGAUGACUCCUAGAACAAGAAUCCUUGUAUCUAUUGGUGAAUCUUUUGGGGCCUCAGAGAAGUUCCAUAAGAUCAACCAGAUGGUGAGCAGCAGUGAGCGGUCUCUGAAGAGAGGGCUUGACAUGAGCAGUGCCCCCAAGCCUCUCAAAAGGCUACGAUUUGACACAGAUGGGCAGGACGAGGCAGACAGCAGCAAACCUACUGGGGAAUCUAAGUUCCAGCAGAAGCUGGCUGAGAUGACCUCAACAAGAACCAGAAUGCAGGAACAAAAACUGAAAGAUGUGGCCGAUGCAUUGAAGAGGGAUGAAAAGUGAAGCCACCCAUCACCUCAGGGGAAGAACGCUCUAGUCUGCUAGACUUUCGCGUCAUAACAUUGUUUAUUUUUGUUAUUUUUUUAUUGUUUUUUUAAUUUUUGUACAUUUCAUAAUGUGGUAGUUUAAAUUCAUGUGCACAAAAUAUGUGCAGUUCUUUUUAAUUUAUACUCCUGUGUGGUUUGUAUUUUUUAUUUAAAAGUUGUUUUGGGUUAUUGAACAAACCUACAAAUGUGCCUAUAAAAGCCCAAUGUCAUCUGCAAAGACAGAGGCUUUUAAAAGUUUUGAUAAAUGCACUAAUUCUUUUUGCCCACAUUUGUGUUGCUAGAAAUGUGUGCUUAUUAGUAUUUUAGUUGUCUCUCCACAAAUGGUGUGGGCAUCUUAUAUUCUUUUCCAAAUGGACAUUGAAAAACUAUGUAACUGACCUCUUUAUUAACAGUUUCUUGUGUGCCAGACAGCAUUUAUCCCUGCUGUUAACUUAUGCCGUGUCUUCCUGAAGUUAAAUCUCGUAAGUUACCGUCUUUUGGUGCCAAAUCGAGGUCUAUGAUAGUCACGUAUGUGUCAUACCCUCUGUGACAGCUCUGAUACUGGAGACGGUUGCACCGCCCUCGUUUGAUGUAUAGGUCUCGUCAGUUGUAGUUAUCUUUGAAAGUACACGUCUUCUUGUGUUAAAGUACUGUUAAUGUUACAGGUCAUUUUUAUUGAACCUCAUCGGAUAGAACCUGUUAAAGGUGCAAUAACCAGUGAUUCAUUGCCAUGUCUCACACGUUCCUUGUUUUGCUGUUGGUUUUUUCUUUUAUUAAUAUUUCAUGUUGACAAUGGAAGUUUGGUGGAAGUGCUUGUUUCCACAGUUUAUAUGAAGCAUUGCCAUCCGAGUGCAAUACCAUUACCUGGAAUUGUGUUGUGUUUGUGAGGUGAGACCUUUUUGAAAAUCUUGGUUAUUACACCUUUAAAGAGUUACUCAACAGGCUGUAGGGUUUAAAACACAAUGCAUUACUUUCCCCAAUUUCUGCUUUUGUUGUAUGUAUUCCUGCAAUAUU